AUGGAGUUCAAAUUUCGUGCUGUGGACAACGUCAAACCAGAAACAACAUCGCAUUCUCCUUCCCCGGUCAUAUAUCUUCCAGAUCGAUCACUUCAAAUGAACCAUGGUUUUUCUGGUUUCCGACAACCAUUAACCGGCGAGGAGGCAGUUCGGCGAGAACUUGAGAAGGAGGUAAUCCGCAGAGAAAUGUUGCGGCGAUUAGAGUUAGAGGAAGAAGUGAGGAGGGAAAUUGAAAUCGAGAGAAAAUUGGGGAUUUCAAUACCCAGGCCGCUGAAUAUGCAGGGACUACUGUCGCAAUGGUCAAAUUCAUCGACGAUGAACCCUGUUGCUGUUGGCCAUAUUGGUGCGUCGCAACCACCCUUGAUUUUGCCUCCUACGGAAAUCAAUCCUGCUCCAGAAAUCAGUGACAAGGACAAAAUUAUAGUGUUGACUAAGCCAGAUCCCGAACUUUAUAAUGCAAAACGAAAAGCAACAACAGUGGCUGUUUCUGAGACAGAACCUUCUGCAUUUGAUUUGAAGAAAAAAUUGAAGAAGGAGUGGAGUUGUUCUCUGUGUGAGAUUAAAGCCACAAGUGAGAGUGGCUUGAAUGCUCAUCUGAAUGGUAAGAAGCACAAGAUCAAGGAAGCUAGACAAUAUAAAAAGAGUUGCAGGAGCAACAGAAAAAGUGGAAAACUUGUGAAUGUAAAGGCCACUGAAAAAGUGGAUACAAUGAUGGUUAAUAAACUUGAAAAUGAAUCUAAAAAUGAAGAGCAACUUAUAGAGACAGUAGCUGAUAAUGAUAUAAGGGUAACACAAUCAAAGAAUGAGAAGAAGCUUUGUGAGAUGAUGGCUGAUAAUAUUGUUACAAAGUGUGAAAAUGGGGAGAUGCUUGAGGAGAAAAGCCAAUGUGUAGGCUUUUUGAAAAGUGAUGAAGACACUGCAACUGAAGAAACUGGGAAAGGUAAGUUCAUUAACCAAAGGAAGGAAAGUUAA